UUAGCAUCUGUCACAGCAUCAGCCUCCAAGAUGAAGCCGUUCCUGUUGCUGGUCGUCCUGCUGGUCGUCGCCUGCCUCUUCACCGUCGUCUCUGCCGGUACGCGGGCGCGCGCUUCAGCCACCGAGGACGACGAGAGCUACAAGGCACACAGCUUCGAGUAUGAGGUGGACCACGGAGCGACCAAGUUCGGCAGGAAGCACCAGGGUGACGAGGAGGGUGACCAGGAGGGCACCUACCGCGUGGCGCUGCCGGACGGACGUGUGCAGACGGUGCGGUACCUGGCCGACCCCGAGGACGGCUACAAGGCCGAGGUGACCUUCGAGGGCGAGGCGAAGUUUCCCGACACGCCGCGCUAUGGGGAGGAGGCAGAGGACUCUGACUCCGAGGAGGACUCCGAUGAGGACAGCGACGACGACUCGGAGGAGGACAGCUCUGAUGAUGAUUCCGACUCUGAUUCCGACUCCGACUCCGACUCCGAUUCUGAGGAUGAGGAUGACGAUGAUGAUGAGGAUGAGGAAGAGGAAGAUGGCGAAGAAGACGAGCCCGCUGCGGAAGUGGCAGCAGGAGGUGAGGACCCUGCUGAGCGCCUCUCAGACAAGCCGCUGCCGGGUUACGUGCCCGUGUUUGCGUACCGACCGAUUCUGAACUUCCGCGAGGCCCCGGCCGCUGGCUAUUCUGAGGGGUUGGAGGCGAGCUCGGGACUGCCAGUCCUCUCCGCUGACGCUCCCACCAACCAGAUCAAGACCAAGACGCGAAAGGGGAGCAAGGGCAAGAAAGCACAAUCGUAG